UAAUAAUGGAGCCACAGAGAGACAAUUCCAUACCUAUCUCCUCACUGUAACAUAGCGAGACAGCCACUAAACCAACAAAAUGGAUGUUGAGGACCUCCAGAACCAAAACUCAACAUUUGAUGGCAACACAUCAGACAUUCAGCCUGUCCCACACAACCUAUGGGAGGUCUUCACCAUAGCGACCAUAUCGGCCAUCGUCAGCCUUAUAACAGUCGUAGGCAAUGUUCUGGUGAUGCUGUCGUUCAAGGUCAACAGUCAACUAAAGACAGUCAACAACUACUACCUUCUCAGCUUAGCCUUCGCUGACCUCAUAAUAGGAGCCCUGUCCAUGAACUUAUACACCUCAUACAUCCUAAUGGGCUAUUGGUCCUUAGGGAACCUAGCCUGUGACCUCUGGUUAGCCCUGGAUUAUGUGGCCAGCAAUGCCUCCGUUAUGAACUUGUUAGUCAUCAGUUUCGACAGAUACUUCUCCAUCACAAGGCCGCUGACCUAUAGAGCCAAGAGGACGCCGAAGAGAGCGGCUAUUAUGAUUGGCUUAGCGUGGUUGGUGUCGUUUGUCCUCUGGGCACCGCCUAUCCUGUGCUGGCAGUACUUUGCGGGAGAGAGGACGGUCCCGGCAGACCAGUGCCAGAUCCAGUUCUUCUCCGAGCCGGUGAUCACGUUCGGCACGGCCAUCGCAGCGUUCUACAUCCCUGUCUCCAUCAUGACCCUCCUCUACAGUAGGAUCUACAAGGAGACAGAGAAACGCACCAAGGACCUGGCUGAGCUGCAGGGUCUCACCACAUCUGGUCACCCAGAGACUGUUAAUAAACCCCAGAAAACAGUUCUGUUACAGUCCUGUUUUGGCUCCAGUAACGACAGGAGGGACAGGAGGAACCAGGCCUCAUGGUCCUCGUCCAACCAGAGCAACGUCACCAAGACCACGACCCGGUCGGACGAGCUGGCCUGGGCCCAUGCUGACCAGAUCACCUCCUUUAACAGCUACACCUCGUCCGAGGAGACUCGCCAUCCUGUUUCAGCGGCAACCUCUCAGGGGACAAUCAAAGGUCAAGUUCAAAGUCAGACAGAGAAAGGACAGACGGCCGCCGAUUACGGCGAUAACGAAGAAGGCGAGUAUUUCCAGACCGCCACUCCACCGCUGAAAAAACUCAGCAAGAAGGGAAUAUCUUACAAGUUCAAAUUGGUCUCGAAGGAUACCAGCAGCCCUCCUCAGAAUGACAAAAUCACCAACACAGACCUCAAAACAGCUCCUCCACGUCCCUCUGAGUCUGACCAGAUAGGUCAGAACCACCACCAGAACUCCUCUCCAUCAUCCCCCACCACCACCACCCCCAAGCCCAUGGACCCCUCCCUGAAGAGCCAGAUCACCAAGAGGAAGAGGAUGGUCCUCAUCAAGGAGAAGAAAGCUGCUCAGACCCUCAGUGCCAUCCUCCUGGCCUUCAUCCUAACAUGGACUCCGUACAACAUCAUGGUGCUCAUCUCCACCUUCUGUUCUGACUGCAUCCCUGUGUCUCUCUGGCACCUGGGCUACUGGCUCUGCUAUGUCAACAGCACCAUCAACCCCAUGUGUUACGCGUUGUGUAAUGAGACCUUUCAGAAGACCUUUAAGAUGCUGUUGAUGUGUCGGUGGAGGAAGAAGAGAGGGGAGGAUAAGCUGUACUGGUGCGGACAGAACCCGGCCAUCAACAGCAAGAUGACAUGAUGUGGUGUGGAAUAGAGAAUAUAUACGUAUUUGAACAUUCAGCAGCAGCAGACCCUUUUAUCUAAAAUAACUUUUUGUACAGCAGAUAUGUUUAGCAAAUGAGGCCCAUAUGGUAUUAAACCCACAACAAACAACAAAAAACUAAACGUGCACUCGGGGCAGAACUGAGUUUGGGAAAGCGUGAUGUACAUAUUGAAUAUACCACACAUUGCUGCAACUGUACUGUAGGGAUAGCAAUGGAAGUGUGCUUGCUCAAACACAGUAACUAGUGGUCAUAGAUAUAUCUGUGAGGAUGAGUAAUGCUGUAUACUGUUGCACCAUCACACACCUCUUCAUGUCAAAUGUUUCCUAUAUAAGCUAAUGUGCCUUUGUUCGUCAGAAGGUCUGGUGAUGAAGACUUGUAAUUGUGAAUGGGAUCGGUGUUGACCUUGCUACUGUAUUGUGAAUGGAUCGGUGUUGACCUUGCUACUGUUUUGUGAAUGGAUCGGUGUUGACCUUGCUACUGUAUUGUGAAUGGAUCGGUGUUGACCUUGCUACUGUAUUGUGAAUGGAUCGGUGUUGACCUUGCUACUGUAUUGUGAAUGGGAUCGGUGUUGACCUUGCUACUGUAUUGUGAAUGGGAUCGGUGUUGACCUUGCUACUGUAUUGUGAAUGGGAUCGGUGUUGACCUUGCUACUGUAUUGUGAAUGGAUCGUUGUUGACCUUGCUACUGUUUUGUGAAUGGGAUCGGUGUUGACCUUGCUACUGUAUUGUGAAUGGGAUCGGUGUUGACCUUGCUACUGUAUUGUGAAUGGGAUCGGUGUUGACCUUGCUACUGUAUUGUGAAUGGAUCGGUGUUGACCUUGCUACUGUAUUGUGAAUGGAUCGGUGUUGAUCUUGCUACUGUAUUGUGUGCUGCUUGUGUACCUUUGAUCUGAUCAGUGAAAUAAUCCCAAUUGAAAAGUUUCAUGAGAGAUCCUCUGAAGGCUCUUUUGUUGACACAACCUUUAUAUUACAACUGCUUCGGGGAUGGGCACCAGACCACCAGGACACCCACCUAAGGGACAGUGAUCUGAGUGACUAGGGACACCCACCUAGCGGACAGUGAUCCGAGGUGACCAGGGACACCCACCUAGGGGACAGUGAUCCGAUGUGACCAGGGACACCCACCUAAGGUGACUCAUAUGGCUUAUGGAUCUCUGGGCUACAGUA